GAGGAGGUGUAGUCAGUCUUCACAGUAGGAGUGAUUUAGAGUGAAUAGAAGAACGUUGAGAGGCCAUAAUGGAGUCAUCUCCGAUUGCUCCUCUCGCUCAUCUCUCUUUCUUCCCACCUAAACCUGAUAGAAGCAGAGCUUUUGCUUCUCCUACUCGGUCGUGGAAGCAAAGGACUACCCGAACCACUCGUCUUCAUUGUCAAAAGAUGUUCGUUCCUGGAUUUGGAGAAGCAUCACCCGAAGCCAAAGCUGCUACAAACCUUCAUAAUUUCUUUACUUAUAUAGCUGUUAAGAUCGUUCUGGCACAACUUGAGAGUUAUAACCAUGAAGCGUAUGAGGAGUUAAUGGAAUUCUUAGGAAGAACCCCAUUGAAUGAUGGCAACAAGUUCUGUGCAAAUUUGAUGCGAGAAUCACCAAGACAUAAAACUUUAGCUCUACGGAUUUUGGAGGUUCGAUCUGCUUACUGCAAAAAUGAUUUUGAGUGGGAAAACAUGAAGAGACUAGCUAUUAAGAUGGUAAAUGAAUCCAACACAAAACUCAUGAGGGAUUAUGUUUUAGAAACCAGUCAUGAGAGUGAAAAGUGAUAUGUUGUUGCCCUGCCUCCUCAUCUUUCUCCCUCUACCUAAUGGAUAUUCUCUAAUAUAUGAUGAGAAUCAAACCCAACAUGUCAAGAAUAGCAUUACUAUGGAUGAAUAGAUCUGACAACUAGUCCCUCAGGCAGCACUGGUUCUAUAGUUCAAGCACAGAAAGGUAAUACUUUCAGCUCUGCCAGAAAAAGUAGAGAGAAGACCUCAGUUGUUCAGCUAGAUACUGAAGAAAGUGAUGCCAGGACUGACAUUCCAAUGCUCGACAAAACUGAAAAUGGCAAUCUCUUGCUCUGCCUCUGGUGAAGCUUGGAAUUUCAAGUAGUGUCCUAAUGUAAUUAUAUAUUCUCAUCUUCUGUAUUUGGUUUCCCUCCAAAUUUUUUCUUAUGUAGUAAAUUGAAAUCUUAAUGGUACUUGAGCCACUUUGUGUAUUCAAGAGAGUAUGUCUUUU